AUGUUGGAGCUGCUGGAGAAUAUGAAUGCACAGGUUGGAUUAACAAGUCCAUGGUGGAUUGGGGUUGAUGUUUGUCAUCUAAACCUUCACAAGACAUUUUGCAUUCCACAUGGUGGUGGUAGGCCCGAAAUGGGCCCCAUUGGUGUGAAGAAACACUUGGCACCCUACUUGCCUUCACACCCUGUGGUUGCCACUAGAGGCAUACCAGCCCCUGAGCAAAGACUUACAUAUGCAUACAGUAUAGCUAUCUUGAAUGCAAACUAUAUGGCAAAACGUCUUGAGAGUCACUAUCCCAUUCUUUUCCGUGGUGUGAGUGGAACAGUUUCCAAUGAGUUCAUCGUUGAUUUGAGACCCUUGAAAGCUGAGUUGGACAGGUUUUGUGAUGCUUUGAUCUCCAUUAGACAAGAAAUAGCAGAAAUUGAGAAAGGAACAGUGAACAUCAACAACAAUGUCAUCAAGGGAGCACCUCAUCCACCCCAACUACUCAUGGCUGAUAGGUGGACAAAACCAUACUCCAGAGAAUAUGCAGCUUACCCUACAACAUGGCUUCGUGCAGCUAAGUUCUGGCCUACUACAUGUCGUGUGGACAAUGUGUAUGGUGAUCGGAACCCUUUAGCCACCACAUGAGUAUGAAGAGAAAGCUGAAGCUACUGCUUAAGAAAUACAAUUUUUAGCUAUUGAAUGAUUGAAUCAAACACUCUUUUAAAACUUUCAGAUCCUAACAACAUUAAUAAGUUUAAUAUUGACACUUGACAGAACAGUCUUACUUUACCAUUACAUGUAAUCUUAUUUCAAAUAAAAAUAUGGAUGGAAAUUUAAAAAAAAGAACUAGUUUCUUUUAUUUGAUUUGGAUAAUAACUUAACUAACUUUUGUGUGUCAUCAUACCCU